CAAUGGAGUUCAGAGAUGUUGUCGCUCUUGCUGUCAUUGUUAUUGGCCUGUUAUGGUUUAAGGACUCUUUACAAGAAGACACAGAAGUUAGUGCAUGGCUGGAAGAGCGCGACAAAUCUCAUUUGGCUAGCACACUGUACAAAGAAGGUAUCUAUACGCUGCACGAAUUAGCUCGAAUAAAUUUUCUGCAAACGAGUACGUUCGACCGACAAGAGAGGAACGAAAUCAAUGAAGUCUCCAAACUUGCUAAGCAGUGGCUGGAACUGAUGGCUUGGCUAGAGCGACGGGGUCUGCUAGACGUGUCGCCUGUUUUGAAAGAGAAUGGGGUUGCUUCGUUGGAUGUCAUGAGAGGUUGGUCUGAGGCACGAUGGGAUGUGAUUAGGGAGUCUCAGAAUUCUGUGACUGUCAAGUUGAAAGUGAAAAAACUUGGGGAUAUUUUGCGUUCUGAGGAACAAAUUACCGUUUCUGAUGCUGAUGAUGGUGGAGUUGUUUGGUCUCUCGUAAAUGUUGUUUGGAGGAUUGUGACAG